CAAAGUGGACAUGUCCCAGCACUUAAGAUGGUCUCAGUGGUCUGCAACGACAUGAGAAAUACCGAAUUGUCACAACUGUAGAUAACUUUAUCAUACAGCAUAAUCUCAGCGGAUAGAAGCAGAUCAAAUCGGGUCUUGUAGUUUAAUGCACGUUUGUGGGGCUCCUUGAAGUUUAGAGUUUUGCCUCACAGCGAUAAGUGAACUAUUUAUGGGCCUCACUCACACUUUCUUCCUCCUUUGAAGUCCACAUCCCCAGAUGUUAUCCUUCAGGGUCAGAGACACAAUGUCACGUUGUCUGUUCUGGCUAAUCCAGUGAAUUAAAUAUUUGACUGUUCACCCCAGUCUUUAUCAAAAUAAAAAUCUAAAAAUCUUGCUCACUGGCAGCCUGUAUGGCAAAAGGUCACAGCACCUGGAAAUCUGUGAUGACUCUAAAUCAGCUCUUGUUGAACAGUAAAUCACCUCCUGAACUCUGAGUUUUUGAACUGAAUCCCAGAAGAAGUAAAAUCCGUUAAUAACAAAUUCCGACAUUUAACAAAAACUCUGUGAUCCUAAAGCUCCCCUCUUGAUUUUGCAAGUGCUCUGUUGUUGUAAUCAUUCUGCUGUUUGGCCUCAGUUCAGUCAAAGCACUGAUUGUGUCAUGGAAACACCUCCAUUAUGUAGGAUGCAGGUUUGCGCAGGUAGAAUUAUUGUGCAGGCUGCAAAUAUUUUCCUAACCUGUGGUACCUGGCCGUUCAAAGGCCGCUGCAAUGAGUGAUAAGUCCAUGAAUGAAUUGUGUGAGCCUCCUGCUAGGCUCGCCCCUUUGGACUGUAUCUGUAAUCCUCAAAGUGUAGUUAAAGUUCACUUGCAUUGUAACAAGCCCUAGUCAUGGUGGCACUGCAAAUAACCUCCGAGCAGAAUGAGAGUACAGAGCUCAGGAAUGGUUGUGGAGUCCUGCUUUAGAGGAUAGCGAAGUAAACUUCAUGGCACAGGCUCAGCACUCUGGCAGGAGAAGACGGAGGGGUCACUCUGGGCCUCCGUCCUCCAUGCCUGCUCCCCCAGGCUUCACUCGACUCGAGCAGAAUGAGCCGAUGAACAGUCUGCGUAUCUCUGUCGGAGGCCUCCCUAUGUUGGCUUCCAUGGCCAACACCACUGACCCUCGAUUCCGCCUUAAGUGGAAGCCCAUCGUAAUGGCCGCCGUCUCCCUGGCCUUCGUACUGGCGCUCUUCAUGCACUUGAACUCGGGCAUGCGAUCCCACUCCUAUAGCUCGCAUGGCUGGAAAGGCAGUCACAGCGACACCGAACAGUCCGGUUCCCACUACAAUGACACCUACCCUCUCAGCCCGCCUGAGCACACGCCUCAGGGCACCCGCUACCGCAUUGGGGUUAUUGCAGACCUGGACACAAGCUCUCUUAGUGCCAAGAAGCUGACGUGGUUCAGCUACAUGCGGCGGGGGUACCUGUUGGUGUCCCAAAGUGGUGACAAAGUAGCAGUUGAAUGGGAUGCAGAGAAAGUGGUGCUGGAAAGCCACCUGUCGGAGAAGGGCAGGGGCAUGGAGCUGUCUGAGCUGGUGGUGUUCAAUGGAAAGCUUUACAGCGUCGAUGACAGAACAGGCAUCGUCUACCACAUUGAUGGUGACAAGGCUGUGCCCUGGGUCAUCUUACCUGAUGGCAAUGGCAACGUUGCCAAAGGGUUUAAAGCCGAGUGGCUGGCAGUGAAGGACAAGUACCUGUAUGUUGGCGGUCUGGGCAAAGAGUGGACCACCACUGAGGGCGAGUUCGUCAACAACAAUCCAGAGUGGGUGAAAUUAGUGGGCUUCAGAGGUGAUGUACAACAUGAGAACUGGGUUCCCAAGUACAAUUCUCUGAAAUCUGCUGCAGGGAUAGAGCCUCCAGGAUAUCUUAUCCAUGAGUCUGCAGCGUGGAGUGACACCCUGCAGCGCUGGUUUUUCCUCCCUCGACGUGCCAGCAAGGAGCGCUAUGAGGAGACAGCAGACGAGCGUCGCGGCACUAACCUUGUCCUUAGCUGCUCACCAGAUUUCAAAGACAUCAUUGUAAGUCGAGUUGGUCCUUUUAUUCCGACUCAUGGUUUCUCCUCCUUCAAGUUUGUCCCCAACACGGACGACCAGAUUAUUCUGGCUCUGAAGUCGGAGGAAGAUGCUGGAAAGAUUGCUACGUACAUCAUGGCCUUCACACUUGAUGGACGCAUCCUUUUACCCGAAACCAAGAUUGGGGAUGUAAAAUAUGAGGGCUUGGAGUUCAUAUAGGCUGGGAGACUCCCUCUUGAGGCCACUGCACUGUUGUUCUAUGUUGUUUACAAUCCAGGCACUGCUGAAAAGACUGUACACACCAUUUACUCAUUCAGUUUCAUUUACUCAUCCUCAGUGUGAAUAGAACAACUGUGGGCCGAGACUGUAAAAUACGCUCCUAUCUGGGGUUUUCAGAAAGUGCCAGUUGAAACAGACGAUGCCAGCAAGUGGUGGCAGAACCUCUCCUUCCAAGGCCAAAUGUGGCCCUCAACAGCACUGUAGCUUUUCAAUGAAUGUACAAAACAUUGAUUUAUCAGACUGUGAUUAUUUUCCUCUAAAUCAUACAUUUUCAUGCACACACAGUAAAAUCUCAGAAGGUUAAAGUUUAUUUCCCCUUUGCUCCAUGUCAAAUGGCAUCUUUCAGUAGUCAUCAAACAUAUUAUUUUCAGUGGAAUAACAAAAGACUUGUUUUUAUUCUGUCUAAGACCACAUUAAAAAAUUAAUUAUAUUGUAUGUAAUAUUUUGACUGAGUAAAACUUUGGUUCCUA